AUGUCUGGUAUCGCUCAAUACCGUAUCUACAUGUCGUAAUCCGAUUGUACAAGUAGCUAAUAGUUAGUAUCUGCUUAUCACGAAGCGAGGACAUCAGUAACGUCUCGUUGAUAACAUAUCUAAUUUUUAAUAAAUUUUUGAAUGGUGCUAUUUUUUGCAUAAUAAAAUAACGUAUUUUUCGGAGCAUAUAGAUUCCUACAGGAACAUACUUCCCUUGGCUGUUCAUCUUGUAUAACCUAAGAAAAUCAAGAGGCAGCUAGAAUGAGUUUCCAUGAUGUUACGCAUUGCAUCUUCGACAUGGACGGUUUAUUGCUAGAUACUGAAUCCCUAUACACAAUGGCAUACAAUCGUGUCACUCAGGAAUAUGGCAAGACAUAUGGUUGGGAGCACAAGGCGAAGAUUAUGGGUUUCAGAAGCGCUGAAGCUCUGCAGACUAUAAUAGACAUGUUGCAGCUGCCAAUUACAGUGCAAAUGUUUGAGGAUAAGUUGGCUGCUAUAUAUCAAGAAGUAUUUCCCGGAUGUAAUCUUAUGCCAGGGGCAGAAAAGCUGUUGCAGCAUCUUAAAAAAAAUAAUGUACCUAUUGCACUAGCUACAAGUUCUAGUCAGGACAGUAGUGAGUUAAAAACUCAGAAAUGGAAACAUAUAUUUGACCUGUUCAAUCACAAAGUAUACGGUGGUUCAGAUCCGGAAGUUACCAAAGGAAAACCAAGUCCAGAUAUAUUUUUGAUUGCUGCGAAGCGUUUUCCUGAUAAUCCUAAUCCUUCCAAGUGCUUAAUCUUCGAAGAUUCACCGAACGGAGUACAGGCGGCUAUUAAUGCUAAGAUGCAGGUAGUGAUGGUGCCAGAUCCGCAACUUCCUAAGCAUCUUACUAAAAAUGCUACCCUAGUUUUGAGAAGCUUGGAAGACUUCAAACCGGAGGACUUUGGACUACCCCCAUUCGUAGCAUAAAACUAUUUGCCUUAACUCACAAAAAAGAAGAUUACGCUCGCGCGUAUUAGAUUCAAUUUUACGUAUAAAUGAAGCAGAUUAUAAUUAUUGAUGAAAAACAAAAACCUGCAGGCAGGUUUUCCUUAGUAUUGAUAUAGUCUCUGACUGAUGUACAUAGAAUUUAUUUGAAGGAAAAAAAAGAAGAUAUAAGAGUAUUAUUGUUUUGGAAACA